UCAAGAACAGAAUUAUAAGAGCCCAAAUCAUCUCCUCCCCUCUCUACAUAUUUCUUCUUCUCUCUUUUUCUUUUUACUCGAGAAAGAUUUUAGAAACUGGUUUCUCGUUUACUUUUCUUUCUAUUUAAGGGUUCAUUUGCUUCUUCUUGCACACUAUAGUGUUUCCGAAUUGGGUAAGCUCCAAGGUAGCUUCUUCAGUAGUAUUAUUAUUAUUUUCAAUUUUUGUAGCCAUAUGUUUAUUUUCCCGAGAAAUUUUAUCCACACCCAGAUCUUUAAAUCUCAACUCUGAGUCUCUGAUACUUAUAAACUUACUCAUGCUUUAGUUUCCACCAAAACUGGAAAACCAAUAGAUUUCUUCUGUAGAAUCUCAGAGCUAUACCCAGAUCUUGCCUAGAUUUUACCAUGGAUUCUCUCAACUCUUUUCCAAAAGUUUGAAACUUUUCUAGAUUCCUUGAAGUGGGUCUAAGCAACGCUUCGAAGAUAUUCUGAUGAUUUCUAUAAUCAAAAUAAAAACGAAGUAUCAUUUGACAUUGUUCUUCCUUUGAUUCACCUAUCUCUUCAAACCCAAGAACUCUGAUUCUCUUUCUCCCGUUGAACUCUGUCGGUAUGUUUUGUUUUUAUAAAUCUUAAAGACAAAAAAAAAAAAAACAGAGCUAGGUUUUACUUUUUUCGGACAUGGAGAUUCUGAGACCGACAACUUCACAUGUCUCCGGUGGGAACUGGCUCAUGGAGGAGACCAAGAGCAACGUCGCAACUGCCCGUGAGUCUGCCACGUGGACGGCGGCGGAGAAUAAGGCGUUCGAGAAUGCUCUGGCGAUUUACGACGAUAACACCCCUGAUCGGUGGCAGAAGGUAGCGGCGGUUAUCCCGGGGAAGACCGUGAGUGAUAUCAUCAGACAGUAUAACGAGCUGGAAGCUGACGUCAGCAACAUCGAGGCCGGUUUAAUCCCUGUUCCCGGUUACAUCACCUCGCCGACUUUCACUCUGGAUUGGGCCGGUGGUGGAGGUGGAUGUAACGGAUUGAAACCAGGUCAUCCGGUUGGUAAUAAACGGUCUCCGGCCGGUAGAUCGCCGGAGUUGGAUCGGAAGAAAGGUGUUCCUUGGACGGAGGAAGAACACAAGUUAUUUCUAAUGGGUUUGAAGAAAUACGGGAAAGGGGAUUGGAGGAACAUAUCUAGGAACUUUGUGAUAACAAGAACGCCAACGCAAGUCGCUAGUCACGCCCAAAAGUACUUUAUACGACAACAUUCUGGCGGCAAAGACAAGAGACGAGCAAGCAUUCACGACAUAACCACCGUAAAUCUCGAGGACGAAGCUUCUUUAGAGACGAACAAGAACUCCUUGGUUGGACGAGAACAUCAUUCAAGACUAGGCGGGUUUCCUUGGAGCCAAACGGACAAUACUGGAACUCAUGCAGACGCUUUCAACAUAACGAUAGGUAACGCUCUUAGUGGCGUUAACUCGUACGGCCAGGCUAUGCUAGGGCCGUUUAACACGAACGCUGAUUCUUGCUACGAUGCGCAGAGCACAAUGUUUCAGCUAUAGCAAGUUGUGAUACUCUAAUUGGGUGUAAGUUAAAUUCUUUUUCAUUUGGACGGAACAAUCGUAUUUGAAAAUUGUAUAAUAAAUGUCUAUUGUUUUGAUUGAUUCCAAUUUAAAAUAGCUAAUAAAUGUUUCGUGACAA